UUUAGAACAAUUGCCUCUCUCAACCUUGAGAAAUCAAUUUCUCUAUCCUUCUAAAACUAUUCUCUAUCUGUCUUCAACACAAGUCCCAGCAAUCUUGUCAACUCUGUAGAUCCAAUAUCCCCUUGCCCAACCACUAAGUGCAUCGAGCUCAAAAGCGCGAAUAUGAGUGGAGAUGAAAUAUACGGGACUUCCGGAUUCGUCCACAACAAUGUAACAUUCAAUAUUCCCUCUCAGCCCUACGAUCAAAGGUUUACGUACACUGAUGAGUACGAUGUACAACCGCUUGAAUUCAUCGCCGUCACCGGGACAGAAGCAGAUGAGCACAACAAAAGUGUGUCGAGACGCAUUCGCAGUCAAGCUAUGCGCAACUACGUUUGGAGACAAAAUCACCCAACAACAACAGAUGAGAUGGCUGCGGCAGCUGCGAUCCCACUCAAAGUAAAGUCGCAACAAAAGUAUGAAGGAAAGUUUAGAAUUGGUUCACGCCCACGCAAAACGAAGAAGUCUACAAAAGCAAAGCUCGCUGCUUUGGAAUCAACGACAACUUCAGAAUCCGAAGCAGAUCAAGAGGCUGUUAGAAAGGCUCUUUUACGUUACUCAAAGUGGUCUAUUCGACAGAGCCUCAUGCCAGAUAAGAAUCUGUUAAUGAGAAAAGGCGCAAACGCAGAUCCUUUUAAUUCAUUCUCUUUUCCGCUGGGGCCUGAAAGCGAAAAGUUCAUAUUCUAUUGUGGGUUGCCCAACUAUGCUCUCAACCCCCAGCUAUUACUGCCUGAUCAAAAGCAUUACGCUGUUAAUUGUAUUGCCCUCAAUCUAUCAUCAGAUUGCUGGUAUUUUGUCAGAGAGGAGCUUGCUUUGUUUCAUGCUGUUUUGUAUCUCGUCUCUCUGGAUUACAAUAUGAAAUAUGGCCUAAUUGAUUCUCCUGGGAGUCUCUACCAUGGAAGAGAAGCAUUUCGGUUAAUAAACGAGGCUAUCAAGAAUAAUACGAUAAGAGAUACUCUAAUUGCGGCCGUUUCAUUAAUCAUUACGAGAGAGAAUCUCGCUGGCAAAUUCGACCUAGCCAAAAUCCAUAUGGAAGGUCUCCAACGAAUGGUUCAUCAGCGAGGAGGUAUACAAAAUGUCGAAAGCAUGCAUAGACAUGUAGUAACAUGGGCCGACUUAUGCUACUCUAAUAUUUGGGACUGCAAACCAUCCUUUCCUCUCCUACCUCUGAAACUUAUAGGUUCCGAGGCCGAGCUGCCGACAGGCAUGAAAAGUAUGACGCUCUCUCCAGCGCGUACGUUCGGUUCUGGUUCUCUCAUAAACUCAAUCUUCCGAUCUCUCAGACGCUUGUCCAUCGCAUUCUGUCCAGAGUAUGAUGCUCGACUCGAUGGAACAUCAAUGAGCAACCAAAUCUAUAGCGUCGAAUAUGACCUUCUCACCCUCCAAAACAUAAACCUUGAAGCUCUGACCCCCAGUGAAUAUCUUUCAUCCAGCUCUGUCUUGAUGAAUAUCUCAGCAUAUAUAUAUCUUUAUCUCAUAUUGAGAGAACUUCCAGUUAGAUCAAAGAUAUUCCUCACCCUCUUUCAGCGAUUACGAGACUCCUUGGAGAUGCAGGAUGGAGAGUGGUGGAAUUUAACUUCCGAGAGACAACGCUGGUUGCUAUGGGUGGUUUUUAUGGGUUAUGGAGCUGCCUCGGAAUGGGAUGAGAAAUGGUGGUUUGUGGAAAAGAUGGAGCCACUGGGGGCGGCAUUGACGUUGUGGACAAAGGAAGAACUCCGAUCUGCGUUCAAGGGAGUUAUAUGGCACGACACGUGUGAUGCUUUUUUGGAAAAGUUGUGGAAGGACAUGUCACAUCGUGAAAGAGUCGAGCUAGAUGGCGAAUGAUGCUGGAGAGGCUAAUUGAUAAAUUG